UCCGGAAGUGAACUGUUUGUUUGUGUCUGAGGUAGAUUGGCGUGAUCUCCGUCUCUCCGGUUUGUUUUGUUCUCCAACAAAGUGAUUGAGCAGCAGAUCCCGGCUCAAGUGGAGGGAGGGUACCGCCUUCGCUUCUUUGUUCCUAUUCGCAACAGCUCGGUUUCUGUUUUAACACCGCACAAUGGGCCCUGGUUAGGAAUCUUGUGGAAAUAAGGGAACACUGCGUUUUUGUGGUAGAGCUAAUGCGGCUCAGGUGCGAUCGGCGGCCCGCUGCCGUGUCUGAAGCCUGGGGCUGAAUUUAGCUGUAGUCGCUGCGGCUCCGCUAACGGAGGAGAAGGACACGCGACUCAUAAGAGCAGCGCCCAAGCAACUCUCCCUCUGAUUCUCUUCUGGGAGUGCUCUCACGAGAAACGCCGCCAAGAUAGCUGGACCGGGCAGGAAACGGCACAGCUCAGAUCCAGACCCCUGUGGAAGCGGCUCCGGUAGUGGGAGCGAGGUGGGUGACGGCCGGCCCAUUAGUGGCAAGUGGCUGAAGAUGGCCAGCAGCAGUACAGGACCCAGUGAAACGGGCCGAAGGCGAGGUCAGAGAGCACCUGACGACACGGCCAGCACAAGCAAGAAGAAGCAGAAGGAUAGAGCCAAGCAGGAGAGCAAGGAGGCCAAGCGGGCAGCCUCAGUUACCAACACAGAGACUAGGAAAGAUUUGUUUCUGGACUGGAAACAGAGUGCAUACGAGGUGAUUGUCAGGCUGAACUGUGGAGAUGGGGUGCAGAGAGUAGAGGACAUCGAUUCUGCCUUUUCUGAUACGGCUUGUCAUAUCCGCAUGCCAGAUGGCCGUGAAUGGAGUUGUCACCUCCAUGAGGAGAUUGAGGCCUCCUGCAGUAAACUGCUUUAUAAGGAGAAAGCAAAUGUUAUGCAGCUUGUCAUGCACAAGAAGAUCCCCCUUAACACCUGGCCCACCCUCGCGAACAAGAAAGAAACUGAACCAGUCAACAUUCUUAAAGAGAAUGACAGUAACCUCCAGCAGUCAACCACGGGGCAGUCAGAAAAAUCUGCUGAAACCAUUGAAAUGCAGAAAACAUCCACACUGAACUCUGCUGAGCAGAAACGAGGUAAACCCGACCGAGGGUUGAAACGAGGAAUGAAAGGCAAACAGAUGGAGCACACUUACAGUUCAGUUACGAAAGCAGCUGAGCUUAAAUCAGGUGAUAAAGCAGACCUGAACAAUGAGCCCAGUGCGAAGCGCACCACACAGCCCUCCAGAAACACAAAGGAGCCCACUCAAGCCCCCAGUUCGGCAAGAGAGCCUCAAUCCAAGCCAGCAGUUAAUGGAAAGCCAAAUGCAUCAGCCAGUAGCAGUGCUGUAUCGUCAUCUAGCAAUUCUAAAGACAGCAGGGCUCAGCUGCUGGUCAAAGGUCAAGCAUGCCAAACAUCGCAGAAGGUAAAAGAGUUGGACAGUAGGCCAACAAGCCAUUCUCAGGUUGAAGUAGACGAGAGCAAGAUACUUUCCCAGUUCUGUAAUCCAAAGGUGGCACAGCAGGAGAAUUCUUCAUCUCUCAUGAGAGAACACACUUCUGGUGACGCAUGCGCUGAAAGAAUAGCAUCGGAAGAGCGAGAAAACAGAAAGGAAGUGAAGAAGCCAGAGGCUGCUGCACAGGUCCCUAAAAUGCUUCCACCUCAUAAUUUGGGAUCUGGAGAGCCUAUCUCAACCACUGCCUCCAAGAGAGAGGAUUUCCCUCAGAAAAGCUGCACAGAGGAGAAGAGAGACAAGUCCAAGGAGGAGCCACAUGGAGGAAACCAGGAAGAGGACACAGAAGGUCCUGAACCGAUGGUAAACCUGAAGCUUGUGAAGAAUGACUCGUAUGAGAAAGGGACUGACCUGAUGGUUGUUAACAUCUACGUGAAAGAAAUUUGCCGGGAGACAUCCAGGGUGCUGUUCAGGGAACAAGACUUCACUCUUAUCUUCCAAACCAGUGAUCCCAAUUUUUUGCGCCUUCAUCCGGAUUGUGGACCAAACACUGUCUUUAAAUGGCAGGUUAAGCUCAGGAAUCUAAUCCAGCCAGAUCAGUCCAGCUACGCCUUUACUCCGUCCCGUAUUGACAUCAACCUGAAGAAAAGACACAGUCAGCGCUGGGGAGGUCUGGAGGCCCCAGCCACACAAGUUAAAUUGAUGAAGAAGCAGGUCAUCCAAGUAAGGAGAAAUGCUGAAACUGGUGCAGUGGGGGGCGCCAAGGUUGCUGUGCCCUCCAGCCCUACCUUACACAAAAAGAGUCAGCCAGGAAGCAGCCAGCAUGCACUUCCUGCUAAAGAAGAACCUCGGGUGGGGGAGGAGAAAGCCAAACCCCCUCGAGCUCCAGAGGACACAGGUCUGGAUGCUGUGGCCCCUCACUCUGUCCCCGACCACAUGCCCCUCAAACAGGAACCAACUGUUGCCACGCCCAAGCCCACCUGUAUGGUGCAGCCCAUGACUCACACUCCUCCUGCAUGCAGUGAGAGAACUGAAGAAGUGGAGGAGAAGAAGGUGUGUCUCCCUGGAUUCACUGGAUUGGUUAAUCUGGGAAACACCUGCUUUAUGAACAGCGUGAUCCAGUCCCUCUCCAACACACGGGAGCUCAGGGAUUACUUCCACGACCGAGCAUUUGAGUCGGAGAUUAACUGUAAUAAUCCACUUGGCACGGGUGGUCGGCUGGCCAUUGGAUUCGCUGUUCUGCUUCGAGCUUUGUGGAAGGGUACUUACCAUGCCUUUCAACCCUCCAAAUUAAAGGCUAUAGUUGCCAGUAAAGCCAGUCAGUUUACAGGCUAUGCCCAGCAUGAUGCUCAAGAGUUCAUGGCUUUCCUGCUUGAUGGGCUUCAUGAGGACUUGAACCGCAUCCAAAACAAGCCUUACACAGAGACUGUUGACUCAGAUGGCCGUCAGGAUGAAGUUGUUGCAGAAGAGGCAUGGCAGAGGCAUAAAAUGAGGAAUGACUCCUUCAUUGUGGACCUUUUUCUGGGCCAGUACAAAUCAAAGCUUGUGUGUCCAGUGUGCUCUAAGGUUUCCAUAACCUUUGACCCCUUCCUGUACUUGCCUGUCCCCCUACCUCAAAAACAGAAGGUGCUGACUGUUUUCUAUUUCACUAAAGAGUGUCACAAGAAACCAAUCAAGUUUUUGGUCAGUGUAAGUAAGGAGAACUCGAGCACAGCAGAAGUGCUGGAGUCGAUAUCUUGCAGUGUGAGGAUCAAACCAGAGAACCUAAGACUGGCCGAGGUGGGAAAGGGCAGAUUCCAAAGGAUCUUCUCACCAUCUCACUCCUUAGACACUGUCACAUCCAGUGACCUGCUCUUCUGUUUUGAGGUGUUGUCAAAAGAUCUUGCCAAAGAGAGGGUGGUGCUACUGAAGGUCCAACAGAGACCUCAGGUUCCUAGCAUGCCAAUCACAAAGUGUGCUGGCUGCAUGAAGCCUCCUGCCUCAGAAGAAGAGAAGCUCAAGCGCUGUACACGCUGCUACCGUGUGGGCUACUGCAAUCAGGCCUGCCAGAGGAAUCACUGGCCCACUCACAAGACUUUGUGCCGGACCAACGUAGAGAAUAUUGGACUGCCAUUUUUAAUCAGUGUGCCUGAGUCUAGGCUGACUUACACCCGCCUCACACAGCUUCUGGAAGAAUACUCUAGGUACUCUGUGGAUGUAUUCCAGCCACCUUUCCAGUCUGGUCGGACGUCCCCAGAGGCCAGCCUGACCCGUGUUGACCUGUCCUCCAUGGCGAGCAGUGUCUCUGAGUGUCAGGAGCGGAAGGAGAAGCUGUCAUUUGUGGGAGAAACGGAGAACUUAGUGGAGCAGGGUGACUCUCUCACAACUCCUCAAACAGAGACUUUGUCCGCUCUCUCCAGAACAGAUGGGGACACUCUCUCCACACAAACCAGUGACUCUGGCUUCUGUGAACUUGCCGCCAGCUCCCAAGAUUCUUUGGUGGAGAAAGAAACAUCAUGUGAAAAGACUGUUAAACCAGAAGCUGUCGUGACUGGGUUUCAGCAGCCAUCUGAAUCUGGAAGUGGAAGUGCCUCUCAGUUCUACAUCUCGGUUUUGGAUUCAAACCAAAAGGAGGACAAAAAACUUGAGGACAAAGGUGAUGCAGUGCUGGAGCUGCCUGAUGACAGCACACUGGAGCUAGUGUGGAAGAACAACGAGCGACUGAAAGAAUAUGUCCUGGUGCGCACUAAAGAGCUUGAGUUUGACGAGGACUCGGGCUCUGCUACAGAGACUGCCAGGGCAGGACAUUUCACCUUAGAGCAGUGCCUGAACCUCUUCACAAAACCUGAGGUGCUAGCCCCUGAGGAAGCAUGGUACUGUCCUAAGUGUCAGCAACACAGAGAAGCCUCUAAACAGCUGCUGCUGUGGCGUCUACCCAACGUGCUCAUUAUCCAGCUCAAACGCUUCUCGUUCAGGAGCUUUAUCUGGAGGGACAAGAUUAACGAUAUGGUCGAUUUCCCUGUCAGAAACUUGAACCUGAGUAAGUUCUGCAUUGGUCAUAAGGAAGACAUCCAGCAGCCCCCCAUCUAUGACCUCUACGCUGUGAUUAACCACUAUGGCGGAAUGAUUGGAGGACAUUACACAGCCUAUGCUCGUCUUCCCAGUGACAAGAACAGCCAGCGCAGUGACGUUGGUUGGCGUUUGUUUGAUGACAGCACAGUGACGACAGUGGAAGAGAGCCAGGUGGUGACACGUUACGCUUAUGUGCUAUUCUACCGGCGCAGGAACUCUCCAGUAGAGAGGCUGUCACGCUUGGGACCCAUUGGUGCCGAAUGCUCUUCUGCAACUGGUGGCGCUGCCAGUCAGGCGUCUCUGAUAUGGCAGGAACUGGAGGAGGAUGAGGAAGGGCAGAGAGAAGCCUCUUUUCUGAGCCUGUUCCGCCCAAGUCUGCGAGGAAGAAAAGCCAAGACGAGGCUGGAGGAAGAAGCUGCUGGCAGGGGAGGGCUGGCGCACCGCAGACAAGAUGGCAUCUCAAAUUACUCUGACAAUGACCGUCUAAGAUAUUUCAUCCUGGGCACUACAACAGCAUUCGUAGCGUUGCUCUUCAACCUCAUCUAUCCUUUGUUGUGCAGGUCCAAAUGGGGUUAAGUUACUCCUCGCAAUCAUUAGACUGCAGCUACAGAUCCCCAGUGAUGAGUAAAUGCACCCUCAGCAGAAACUUAUUUGCACUUUGCAUUUUAAUGUUAAAACCAGAUGAAUCAUUUACAGUACAUAUUGAUUGUGCUUCUGUAUAGCUCGAGAGCCACACAGCCUGGUAGAUUGUCAUUAUGCAGACCUAAACUCUCUACUGUCUUGUUUUAUUUUAAAAUCAACUCCUCAACAUUGUGUAGUGGUAAGUUUUAAGAGCAUGCUUCAAAUAAAAAAAAUACUCAGGAAAAUUUUUUGUUUUAUUUUAUGUAGGUUAAUAGUAACAGUAAGCAACAUAUACAUUUAUUUUAGUUAGGUUUUAGUUGGUAGUUGAUAAAUGUCUAGACCAAUUAAGCCUUGUUCAGACUGCCACUAAAAAUCUGAUUUUUUGCAUAUCCAGAUUGUAUCCAGAUGAGUUUUUGAUAGUUUGGACAGCAAAAAACCCCAUGAAAUCAGAUUUUUCCGAAUCUGAUUCAAACCACAUCGGGAGGUGGUUUCAAAUGCGAUUGAAAUCUGAUUUUUUUCAGAUGUGUCUCAGUCCAGACACUCUGGUUGCUCAAAUCAGAUUUCAAAUGGUCUUUUGUGUCACUCUUAACGCGACACACAACAAUGAAAUCAAAAAUCGGUGACUGCAGCACGGAACAUCACAAUAUUUACCAGUCUCCUCCGUCGCUGAGUUUUUCUUGUGCGACGGAGGAGUUCUGCACCGUGACUGGACAGGGCGCUUAUUUGGAGAGUGAGACGAUGCACCUCCAUUUUUCCCGCAUCUGUUUUGAAAGCAUCGUAACGUGGGUACACCUACGUUGUUACCAAAGCAACCCAUGCAGAUAGGUUGGUUAUGUCUGAACACGCAAAUCUGAUUUGAUCACUUGCAAUUAAUUUUGCGGACAGUCUGCCUGAAAAAAUUGAUUUGCCUGCAGUCUGAACAUAGCCUUAGAGGGACUUUAACUGUCUUAUAUUUUUAGCCAGACAUUUAGAUUUCUUAAUUAUGUAGCUGGAUGAGCAUUCAAUAAAUCAAAACUGAGAUUAAAAACCCAAAUCUUAAAAUCUGCUAGUCAUAGUCUUUCUGAUCGAUUUCACCUCACCACGCCUACAUCUUGUCACCAACUGUCAAUGUCGCACUUAUUACUGGAAGUCGUUGUGCUCUCAUUGAAAAUUAAUGGGAUCCUGUCACUUUGUCCCUCUGUGUUGCUUGCGGUGUGAACGGGGCUUUAGAUGUAUAAUGUCAGCUCAAUUUAAAGUCAACAUGAAAUCAAAAUUGACCCAUUUACUAAACAUUGUAAUCUUGGUCUUAUUGUGCACAAUCCAUCACAUUUCAUAGGAAUCAUAUGGAGCACCCACUUUUCACAGUCAAACCAAUUCCUGGCCUACAUUCUUUUUUUUAAUUAUUAUUCUUGUUGAAUAUUCGCUUUCAUUCAGAAAUGCGUCACAUUACAGGAGUAAAAUGGGCUGCAAAUGCCAUUUCAUGUUGAUUUUAAAAAUGGAGUGGUACAGUCAAACUUUGUUUUUUAAGGUAAACCUUGCUACUUCAGAUCCGCUUUGAAAUCAUCCCAGCUUUUAUUUUUUAUUUUUUUUUUUUUUUGCAUCUUGAAUUUUUGUCCUGUUUAAAAUAUAUUUAACCACUAAAUGGCUUUCUUUUAUGUCUUAAGAAAAUAAUUUGCCAGUUGUCCAUGAUUUUUUGAAGCAGUUUGAAUUGUUACUGUUUUCCCAGUCAGUGCAGUACUGUAAUUCUCUACCCAGUAAUAUGUGACAUUUUCCUAUAGUUUGCACGAUUAAUCCAAUGCUUAAUUGCACAUGUUGCACAUUGUAAGAUGAAUGGUGGUUCUUGUGACUGGAGUGCUGCUGGGUUUGUGGGGAUGUGGCAUUUCCAAUCUCAGGGAUGCUGAAGGUCUAUAAUGGUUCACAAGGCCAUCCACACUACAAAGCCUGAAGACAUUUGGCUUCUGUGAAUGCCUCAGUUGAUCUUAAACCACUCAACUUCUGACUCCUUCAUGGGAUAAAGUGACCGAAUCUAAACUGAUGUUGUACCUCAUUUAGAUCACUUCACUUCAAAAGUCUAUUGUUGCUUAUUAUUUUCAAGAGUAUCAUGAUGGGUGUUUCUGUUCAGAGAAUGUUACUGGUUCCAUUUAGAAGGUGAAUCUUUGGUCUUCUUUUUCCAGUCUUUGGAGCAAGGGUACUUGCACAAUAUAAAGACUCUCUUAUUGAUGUAUGUAAUCACGUCUGCUUGUUUAUAAGUUAAUAUUUAAGAAGUACUUUAACAUUUUUGGAUUGGUGAUUUUAUUUAAUAAAUAUAAUGAUUUAUAAACAACAAAAUGUUAAUGUUAUGUAUGAUGCUGCAAAAAAGGUCUCAGCAAUAUAUUUUAAAUGCUGUUCAAUUGUAAAGGUGCCUGUACUGCUUUCCUAAUAAAUAAAAAAUAGUUGAAUUCUUGAACUGUUUUUAUCUGAUGCCUUUAUGUGAAUCUCUUGAGUUGGCAUUCAUGUACUCCACUCAUAGAGGAUGCAGAAAGAGUUUCUACAUUUAUAAUGGUGGUUUAUU